AUGAAACGUAAGGGUGAUGAUGCAUUGGAGCAAAUUGAUCGGAAACGUGAAAAGCGGCGAUUAAUAUGCAUGCAAAUUGAUGAUCACAUUGAAGAGAUCAAAUUAGCUGACGCAGAAAGAUGUAAACUGGAGGCAUUAGCUGAGACUGUCAAGAGUGCUAUUUAUGCAAGUAAGGAGGCAAAGAUUGCUCAUCAGAUGAACGAUCUGCAGAAAUUACAUUUAGGCAAAAUUCAUUUUCCGCUGUCAUUACCUUUUAAUUUGGAAUUAAGUAGUAUUAAAUCAACGUGUGGUUGUCGUUGGGUUCAUCCGGUUAAAAUCGAUAGCUUAGGUAGUUGGCGUAUUUGUUAUCAAACAAAAAUGGAUCCCGUUUUGGAUCUCAUCAUUAUUAUACCUCAGGAUUAUUUUGGCUCACGUGAUUACCUUAAUUUUGCAUAUUUUGUCAAACGUGCUCACUAUAUUUGCCAGGUGGCACGGAUUUUGAUAAAAACAGGGUUAUCAGUAAAAUUUGGAUUGGAUCAUUGUGACACACUGAAGCCCUUAUUGUUUGUAGCAAACAAAGACGGACAUGAAAACGAUGGAUUCUUGCGAAUUCAUUUUGCUCCUCCGCGUGAGUUCACAAAGAUUUCUCGACUUCGUCCAGAAAAUAAUAAUUUGAGGCCCGCUUUUUGUUCGGCUCACUUCGGAUCUCUCGGUAUCGAUACACCUACACCGGUUUAUAAUUCAAAGAUAUUAAUUGAUAUGUUACGCGAAGAAAUUGAAUCCAAGUAUGAAGCUUUUUUUCGUCAAAAACCGAACUUUUUAAAAGCCUUCAUUAUGAUACGUUCGUGGAUGCUUCAAAGAAAUUUCAUUCAGAGAGUUGAUGGCUUUUCGGAUUUGCUAUUAGCAGCUUGGCUUAUAUACAUUAGCGUCCAAGAAGUUUCCUUCGCUCAGGCAUCUGUUUUCGACAUCAUCACAGGAUUUUUUUCAUCUAUCAUAUCAGUAAACUGGCAACAAUCUCGUUUGGGUUUAUGUGAUAAUGAUGCAUUACAUUCACAGUUCUCAUCACAUUUCGAUUUCGUAUUCCUUGAUCAUACAGGAUAUCUCAAUUUGGCUACAUCUUUGAGCAUCACUGCUAUGGAGCAAAUUCGUGCUGCUGCUACAAAUGCUCUAACAAAGAUUGAUAUCUUCAAUGAAUUUGAUCAUCUUUUUGUGAAAAAUCAUCCUUUUACUACAUCUUUUGAUCAGUAUAUUAGGAUACGAUUACCCCAAACAUAUCUGCAAAAUAUUUUUCAAAAAACGUGCAGUGCAGAGUGUGUAAGCACUUGUAACGAUUUAUUGCUUAUAUUUAAACGCAGGCUAACUCCACUGCUGAAAGAGGCUUUUGCGGAUAGAAUUGUGAAUUUCGAUUUUUUUGCACCAGAUCAACAGGUCACACCGUGGGACGUAUGUAUGGAACGAGAGAAAUGUACGGAUGAGAAUGUAACACUACUAAUUGGAUUCCAACUUUCGUCGAAGUGGAAUAAUUUAUUAACACGCGGUCCGCCAGCUAAAUCACCGGAUGCAGUUCAUUUCCGUCAAUUCUGGGGUGAUAUUUGUGAAUUACGAAAGUUCCCAGACAAUGCAAUCUGUGAAGCAGUUGUCUGGGGUUCCAGUAAUGUUACUGUGCUCAUUUGCCAACAUAUUAUUCAGAGGCAUUUAAAAUUAGAAGCAAAUAAUGUAGAAGAGCGUACGUUAAAAAUGGAAGAAAUCUUACCGAAUGCAAUGGACAGAUACAGUACAAUCGGAAGAGCUUAUGAUAAAUUAUCUCAAACACUUCGAUUAGUGCAAGGCUUACCUCUUCUUAUAACAAAUAUCCAUCCUGUAUCCUCUUAUCUGAGACGAACUGCGCCUUACCCACCUCUCUCUACUAAUGCAGUGAUCGAAAGAUACAGUGCGGUUGUUAAAGAUUCUGUAGCACUUCCGUUGUCACAUAUUUCACCUCCUUAUUUGCCUACUAUAGAAGUGCAAAUAACUAUGGAGCAAAGUGGAAAAUGGGGCGAUGAUCUGGGAGCUAUUGCACGCCUUAAGACUGCCUUUUAUAUUGAGUUGUCAAAAAUACUAAAGGAGAAACAUUCGAUGCAAGCUAUUCCCUUCGAUGAUUAUUUAAUUGUUCAUUUUAAUACUGUAGUAUUUCGUUUGGUAAUAAACUAUCCGAAAGAAGUGCAUAUAAUGAGGAAAUUAAAUGGUGGUAAGACGGGUAUUCUAAAAGAUAGUCCAGCAUCAAAAUUGAAAGAGUUGGAACUAAUACUGGAACCUCAAAUUACUUCAUUAUUACAUAGUGUAAGCCAACAAUUCGAUGCGUUCGCUAAUACAUGUCGUCUAGCGAUGUAUUGGUUAUCAUCUCAUGCAUUAUCUGAUUAUCUAAGCGAAGUAAUUUUGGAAACUAUAGUUGCUUCCAUAUUUCUUAAACCAUUCUCAAUUCAACCACCAAGAACAUCAUUUGUUGGUUUCUUUCACUUUCUAACAUUGCUUUCUACGCAUAAUUGGUUAGUAAAGCCGUUACUUGUUGAUUUCGACAACAAUUGGACAGAGGAAGAUGUAGAUGAAAUACAAAAAGAGUUUAUCAAAAUGAGACCGGUAUUGCCUGUAAUGGUGAUAUGUACGUCGGUUGAUAGGAGUGGUUACCGAUGGACAAGAGAAGAACCACAACCAUUGAUCUUGAAACGAAUAAUUGCACUCGCCAAAGCAUCAGCAGCACUAAUUGAACAACAUAUCAAUAAUUCGUUGCCGUUAAAUUUAAAGGGAUUAUUCACAUCAAAUGUUUCCACUUUCUGUAAUGUUACUAUCCAUAUCAGAAGACGACAUAUGGUCCGACAAAAAGUAAUUCAUGGUAAAUUAAUAAAUGGACCAUUACCAGUAAUUGAUUAUGAUCCAGUUAGGGAUUAUAUAAAGCGUUUGCGGCAAUGUUUCUCUUCAGUUGCUCUUUUCUUCUACAACAAAUACGUAGGUGAUGUGAUCGGAGUGGUAUGGAAGCCAGCUGCAUUAAUACCACGAGAUGCUAGCAUAUCCAGUUGUUUACAUCGGUUAAAGGGACCAGAUAAUAAGUUAAUAGUUAAUACAAAAGCUAUACUGGAUGAUUUUACAAUACUUGGUCAUGGCAUUGUUUACAAUCAUGGAUUAUAUUAUAAAUAUUUGAUGAAAUAUCUCGAAGAAAAAGAGAAAGAAAAAGAUAUAAACGAUUGUUAUACAAUCAAUCGGUGGGAAAUGGAUAAUAUGGAUGAUUUGGCACAUUUAUUGGCUGGUAGUUCAGUAACUAUUGCGCCAAAUAGUACGGCACGAGAGCAUCCACGAUUUUCGCAGUACAAAUAUAUUGGACGAGCAGAAGUAAGUCAAGAAAGGCGACGACAAGAGUUUCUUCAACGCCAGAAAGAAGCUCGUUUUGAUUAUGCAAAUCAUGCACGAAAAUUGGCAAUGAGUGAAUUUGAUGAAGAUGAGAAAGAUAAAGAGGAUGAAGAAAUGGACUUAGUGCCUGAUAAAAAUAGUAAGAAAAUGAAUCGAAAAAGGAAUUACAAUCGUUAUGCAGAUGAACUAAUGCUUAGUGAAUGGUUGGUGGAUAUUCCAGAGAGUUUAUCCAAGGAUUGGAUUUGUAUACCGUGUCCGGUUGGUAAACGAUGUCUUGUGGUCGCAUCUAAUGGAGUAACAAGUGCUUAUUCGAAAUCCGGUUAUCUCAUUACACAAUUUCAUUCUUAUCUUCCGGGCGGAAAUCAUCCUUGUCGUGGUGCGUAUACUCUUUUGGAUUGUGUUUUUGAUGCAAAAUCAUCAACAUUCUAUUGUUUGGAUAUGAUUGCAUGGAAUAGCCUUACAGUUGCUGAUUCGGAUUUUGAUUGCCGUUUAUUCAUGAUGAAUUCGCGUAUAAGUGAAAAUGAGAAUUUUCAUGAGAUCUCAAAGCAAAUACCUUAUCGUUUUAUAUGUCUUCCAUAUUGUCGUUGUGAACAUAGUUCCAUGACAGAAAUGAUGCAUCGAAAUUUUCACUUCGAAAUUGACGGUGUUCUUUUUUAUCAUGCUAGUGUGCAUUACCUUAAAGGUCAAAGUCCACUUGUAGGAUGGUUGAAACCAUGGAUGAUACCAGAAAUUUUAUCGGUUCCAGUACCAGCAAAAUUGAUGAAUGGAAAUGAAAUAGUAGCAGGCGGUUCACAAAAAUUUAUCGAAACGUAUAACCAAAAGCAUAAACAUGUUAGCAUGAUUGGUAAAACUCCCGAAAGUGUUUCCAGUUAA